AAGUUUAAACUCAAAAUGAUUAGUACAAAGAAGCUCCUCAAGAUGGCAAAAAAGUGGCAAAAGAUAGCAGCUGCCAGCAGGAAGAGGAUCUCCUGGCCGAGACCACCAGCUGAUAAGGGCCACUUUGUCGUCUACACAACUGAUGGAAGACGAUUUACCAUUCCUUUAGCUUAUCUCAAGAGCGAGCUUUUCAUAGAGCUCCUCAGAAUAGCCGAGGAAGAAUUUGGAGUUACAAGUUCUGGGCCAAUUACACUGCCUUGUGAUUCGAAAUUCAUGGAGUAUGUGAUCUCUAUGAUUCAAAGACGUGUAGCUGAGGAUUUAGAGAAGGCAUUGAUCAUGUCAUUAGCUAGCUGCAAAUACUUGCCAUCGUCACAUGAUCAACAUCAAGAACAAACAAAUUCAAAUUUGUUAAUUUGCAGUUUCUAGAAUAUACUUUUGUUUCUACUUGUAUAGAACAACAUUAGAGCAUACCUUGAUUAUACAAUCUUACUUAGAAAAUUAAUGAAAGCAUUCAAUCAUUUAUAUCAAACAAUUUUUCCAUAAUAUGAACGUUCUCCCC